CCCCCUCCCAUUGCCCCGAGAAGGCGUCAGAGGCUGGUCGCGCGCGUAGUCAGUUCGCACUAGGUGCCGGGCCCCCGCAGGUAGCUGGUUGCAGGGACUCUUCUCAAGGUGCACUCGACGACGACCACGACCGCCCAAUAUGACGGAAACGGCCCUCCCGGUGCCGCACAUGCAGGCCCUGCUGGAGGACAUCGCCAAGCGGAAGGGCUUCCGGAAGCCGAGGUACGCGGUGUCCGCGGGCAGCCAGGCGGGUGACAACUACCUGGGCGUGCUCUACCGUGUGGUGGUGACUGAGGACGGCGAAGACGAGCCCGGCCUGCGCCUUAUCUUCAAAGCCAUGCCCCCAAGCGCCACCAGACGGAAGCAGAUGCGGCUGCCCGUCUGCUUUGACAGAGAGAUCUUCAUGUACCGCGAGGUACUGCCCGCCUUCGCUCGCUUCCUGGCCGACAAGGGCGUGGACGACGUGCACGAGCCCGGGCUCUUCCCCAACACGGCCAGGUUCCACGAGGCGUCCGCGAGCGGCGAGGACGGCCAGGACACCCUGGUGCUAGAGGACAUGCGGCCACUGGGCUUCACGAUGCACGACAGGCGCGUGGGCCUGGACGAGCAUCACGUCCGCCCCGUCUUCAAGGCGCUGGCCUUCCUGCACGCCACCAGCAUGGCCAUGGAGGCGCAGCGGCCGCAGGAGUUCGCCAAGCUCCGCGACCAAUUUACCGAGAACCUGUUAACGCCACAACACCCCGCCAUGGCGCAUCUCGGCAAAAUCCUGAGCCCUACGUACGAGUUCAUCAAGGACAAGCACCCGGCGGGCAGUGAGGUGCACGCCAAGGUCAAGGCCUUCAUCGACUCCAGCCUCAGCACCAUGGAACACCUGGUAUCCAAAACUGCGAAGGGCAGCGCAAUCUCGCACGGUGACAGCUGGACCAACAACAUCCUCUUCAAGUACAAGAAGCCUGGCGUCGUGGAGGACGUCUGCCUGCUGGACUUCCAGGUGGCGCGGUACGCCCCUCCGGUGCUCGACCUCGUGUAUCUCAUCUACUCGUGCACGGAACGGGAGUGGCGGCAGCAGCACCUCCAAGCCGUGCUCAAGGAGUACCACGACAAGCUCAGCGACACCCUACGUCGCCUGGGCAGCGACCCCGAAGAGCUUUACUCCUGGGAAACAUUUCAGGGGCAGCUGAAGGAGCGCGGCAAAUUCGGCAUGGGCAUGGCGCUCAUGACGGUUCCUGUAUUCCUGGCCGAGAAGGAUGAGAUCCCGGACUUGGACCAGCCUAUGGAAAGCAGCACGUCCUCUUCAAGAGGCUCCAGUUCCAAGAGCGCCGCAGAGCGCAACAGAAGGAUCUGUGAUGUCAUUGAGGACAUGGUGAAGCUUGGGUGGCUGUGAAUAAGACGGCGGAAAUUAUCAUUGAAUAAUUAAGGAAGCGUUUUGGUCUGA